CAUUUCGCUAAAUAUUCGUCGUUUUUUGACACUCUUUAGUCGAAAAUAUUGUUUCAAGUAUCAUGACAUUGAAUUUGCCUUUUCGGACCAUUUUCAUACUGCAGCUGUUAUUUACUGGAAAGAGCUCUAUCCUGAAAAGGAUUUUAGUCGAAGACAACUUCUGUACGUUGGUUAACAAGCUAAAUGCACUGGAGACAGAAGUCGCUACACUAAAGGCAAAUGCUGCAAGCAAUAACACAAUACAAGUGCUAAAGCAGGAUGUAGCAUUGCUUAAAACGCAACAAGCGAAGCAGACAAAUACCGUGGCGUUUAUGGCAUAUUUGACGACCCACGAACACGGCACAAAUCACCACAUUUACUUCGAUGACGUGAAAACCAAUAUUGGCAAUGCAUAUAACCCACUCAAUGGUAUGUUUGUUGCUUCAGUUGAUGGACUUUACCAGUUUUCCGUUACCGCAUGCUCCAAAGACAAUCACUAUAUAGUGUUAGAUAUAGAUGUUAAUCACGCCAAUCUUGGCAAGGUCAUUGCGGGAGAUGACGCUUACGCCGACUGUAACUCCAAGGCGUUCGUUGUUAAACUAACGGCGGGGGACAACGUGUUUGUGCAGCACAGAACAGUGGGCGAGUGGUUAUACGUACAACCUCUCUUCAGCUUACCAAGUUUCUCCGGAUUUCUGAUCAAGGCAUUGUAA